GGUGAGAAUCAUGGAUUUUUCAAGCAACAGUUUAUAAGGGGAGAUCCCUCAGGAAAUAACUAAGCUGCAAGGGUUGCAAUCAUUGAAUUUAUCACGCAAUCAUUUUAUUGGAAGGAUCCCAAAAAGUAUAGGUAACAUGAGAAUGUUAGAAUCAAUUGAUUUCUCAGUAAACAAUGUCUAGUUCAAUUCCAGAAAGCACGUCGAGCUUGACUUUUCUGAGUUACCUAAACCUGUCCAAUAACCAAUUGGUGGGGAGAAUUCCUUCAGGUACUCAGUUACAACUUUUGAAUGCAUCUAGCUAUGAUGGAAACAAACAGUUUGGCAGCCUUCCACUAGCAGAUAACUGCAGUAGUAUUAAUGGAAAUUCUGUACCCAGCAGCCAAGCCAAAGGUGGAAAACAUGGGAAUGGAGUUGAAAUAAAUUGGUUGUUUGUAAGCAUGGCACUUGGAUUUGUUGUGGGAUUUUGGAGUGUACUAUGUGCUCUGGUGAUUAGCAGGAGAUGGCACUGCAUUUAUUAUCAAUUUCUUGAGGAAAUGUGGUGGAAAAUCAGUGAUUCCAUAAACAAAUGUUUUUAAACUUUAAUGUGCUUCCUUUACGAGUGUAUUAGUUUGAAUUAUUGAGUAUCAUAUCAUUUCCUCUAAGUUGUACUGUGUAAUAAGUUCCCAUUCCAUCAGUGGAAUAUAUGCUCCGGUCUUACCUCCCCAUAGUUAAUUAUUGAUCUAUGUAUCAUCUAUUGCUUGCAUAUGCUUUUUUUCUUGUUACCGCAACAAAUCAAAUUGAAUAAUUUCC